CUGCGUCAGUAGGCGGUACCAGAGCGGAAAGGAGUGGGCGUGCCAGCGGUGGCCCGAGCGGCUGUGAAAAGCUCAAUGGCGGCCAGCUACCCGUAUGGGCAGGUAAGCGAGCGAGGGAGGAGCGCCGACCGCCUUCUCCUGCCCCCUGCCGAGGGGAGCCUCCAGGGGGAUGAAGGCCCCAUCCGCUGCCUAGGCGACGGAGCGUUUCCGGGGGAACGGGCAGUGGGAGAGGACCCAGGAGUCCGGGAUGAUGGAGAUAGGAGUCUGGAGGGGGAAAACGUACGCAGACAGGAAGCGCAUCUCUCCCAGAGUGACGUCAUUGCCGGCGUGGGCCUGUGAGGUGACAUCAUGGUUAGGCUCGAGUGCAAAGGAUUCAUUGGAGGAGAUGUUGGAAGCGUCUGGCCUGAUCACUUGGGUGAUCAGAGGAGAGCUGGUGUAGCAGAGUGACAGGCAGCACUGUCCUGUGGGUGUUUACUCAGAAGUAAUAAUAAUUUUAUUAUUUAUACCUUGCCUAUCUGGCUGGGUUUCCCCAACCACUCUGGGCGUCAUACAGCAUAUAAAAAUUUGCAAAACAUCAGUUAUUUUAAAAAAUCCUGAUACAGGGCUGCCUUCAGAUGUCUUCUAAAAGGCAGAUAAUUGUUUAUUUCCUUGACAUCUGAUGGGAGGGCAUUCCAUCGGGCAGGCGCCACUACCGAGAAGGCCCUCUGCCUGGUAAGUCCCACCGUGAUCAGUAGGGCUUGGUCCCUAAUAAGUGUAUUUAGGAAAGAGGCUCAGCUGCCCAUAGUAACCUCCUGGACUGAAUCUCAGCUGUUCCACCAGGCAACCUUGGCCUCUGAAAUCUGCCAGUGACUGCCCUUGCAUGGGUAUGGUGGGAAAUGAAAAAGUGGCUGCUUCAGUGUUGUAAUAUGGCUGGGAUUGGCCUGGGGCAAGCUGCUUCUCUUUCAGCCCCACCCCCAAGAAUAGUGACCUGUUUAAUAGUUAUUAUGGGGAUUAACAUGGAAUUAUUUAAGCACCCCAAGACAUUAAGCUAUGAACCAGGAAGUCCUUGGUUUGACUUUCACCUCUGGCCCUGUACUCACUACAUUAGCUACUCUCAUUCAGCCUCUGCUUCUCCCAUUUGCAAUAUAGAGAUGGUAAUACUGGCCUGCCUUAUAGGGUUGUUGCAAAACUGAAAAGAGCCAGAGAAAUGCUUGAUGGUGGUCUGAUGAUACCUUAACUGGUUAGAGCAUGGUGCUGAUAAUGCCAAGAUUGCAGGUUUGGUCCCCGUAAUGGGACAGCUGCAUAUUUCUGCAUUGCAGGAGUUGGACUAGAUGAUCCUCAGGGUCCCUUCCAACUCGAUGAUCUGUAAACAGUCAUUGCUUAUUACUCCUGAGGGAGAGUGCCUAGGGAGCAUAGCUGCUAUAGUUGUGUUAGGAGAGCAAAGUCCUGACAAGCAGUACAUGUUACAUAGGAACGAGAGAAGCUUCAUUUCACAAACCCCUCUUUCCUGGGCAGCAUGCCCCCCCCAUCACACCUGUCUUGGCCACCAGAGUCAGGGACUGUAAGAGACAGCAGGUAGGAACCUCUGGCCUGCGGCAGACGUAACAAUUCACAGCUUCAAGAGUCCAUGAGAUUCAGCUGCAGAGUGAUUCUUCUUGGAACAAUGAAAAGUGGGGGGACCAUUGUCUAUUUUAGUGUGUGUUGUAAAUUAUGUUGCAAGCCACCCUGGGUACUUUGCUUAGUAAGUGUCGUAAAAAAUACUCCAAAAUAAACUGCUGGAGUCUCCCAGUGUCCUUUCCUCUGUCAUGUCCACUCAGUCUGACCCAGCUAUGUAUAUGGUGCCCUUGCUAGCCAAGUGCUGUCAGUCUUGAUGUGCAGUGGCCUUCCUUGACAUGCACACACACUAAGCUCGUCCCCAGCCAAAUGCAAGAUUCCUCCCUCGUUUCCUUUGUCUUUCCUCUCUCUUUGUUUUGGCUUUGCUGGCCACCUUGAGAUUGUAAGCUCUGUGGAGCAGAGACUAGCCCUUUCUCUGCUUACAUCUCACAUAUAGAACCUUUGACCCUUCACAUGUUGCAGUCUGAGCAAAGAUUGCCAGUGGCCAGGGAUGAUGGGAGCUGUAAUUCAGCAACAUAGAGGGCCACACCUACCCCAAAUGAAAGGUGUUAAUGCUUGAUGCACUUGUUGGUGGUGUUAGUUAUCUUUGGUGACUAAGAGACAUGUGCUGGAGUCCUUUGAUCAAACACGUUUGGAAGCUUCUCUUCACCUCCACUGUGUAGAAGAGGCUCUGUGGUGUCAGGGCUGCAAAGUCGUCUCCUACUCUGCCUGUUCAGCAGGUUAAGCAGAGAAUCGUUGCUUCCUGGGCCAUUGGGUUCAGCUGUGGCCUUGGGAUUUUCCAUGUACUGAGACACCCCAAGUGCAAGUUCUUCUUACUAUGCAACUGACAGCAGUGUUGGAGAUGUGGCACUAUCUGAUUUUUGCAAUAUUUCAUGCAAAUUCCUUGCCUAUAAGUAACUGUGCAGCAACAUCAUUGCAAAAACCUCCCCCGCCCCCAAGACCUUGGACUCUAAAUCCUGGGAGCCAUCCCUGCUACUCUGCUGGUUUCUCAGGGUCUUAUUCCUUAUCCCUGAUUAAUUAGUCCAAAAUAUCUUAUCAGACCCAGUUUUGAAGUUUUAUUUACUCCAUUUCUAAUGUAGCACUCGGUGAUAUAUCCCCCCCCUCUCUCUCUCUCUCUCACACACACACACACACACACUUUAUCAUUCACAAGACCCUUGUGAUGUAGAUAGAGAGGACUUAUCCAGACUUCCAUUUGUGCUAUGAUUUGUAGGCAUAAGACCAUGUUUUCCAGGCAUGGAUCCAAGCAGGGCUGCUGUUGUUUUUGUCCCACCAAGAAAACUCUUUUACCACUGAAUUGGAACAAACAUCAGUUGAGUUUUACGUGGCUUGAUGUUUGUUCCAGUUCAGCAGUAAACAGCAGGUUUUCCUGGGGGAAGCAAUGGUAAGGGAAAAAAACAAACUGCUCAGAAAGCACAGACCUGUGCCUACAAAUUGCAGCACAAACAGAAGUCUGGAUAAGCCCAGAGACUGAUUGAAUCAAGGUCGUACAGUAUGCUUCUUGCCUGAGUGGGGUGGUUGGACCCAGGAUUCUCUCGUCCUGUUCUGACUGUCUGACCACCACUCCAUACUGAUUGUACAUACUCAUAGUUCCUUCCAUGCAUUGGUAGUGCCACUCUGCACUCAAUCCAGGACUAUUGGGUUAAUCUCUCUGCAUUAUAUUAUCUUAACUAUGCACUGGGAAUGCAUAGGCCCCUCUCCUCCAUCAUUGCAUAUUAAUGGGGUGUAGAAAUCAACUCAUUCCCCCUGCCACUUUCAUAGCCUUUUCCUUUUCCUGUAGGGUUACCCUGGUUCUGCAGGACAAGCUCCAGGUGCUCCGCAAGGCAACUAUCCCGGAGGAGGCCAGUAUGGAGGUGGGGUGCCUCCUGGCAGCUCCUAUGGUGGACCAGCGCCUGGUGGUCCCUAUGGGCCACCCUCAAGCGGAGGACCUUAUGGCCACCCUUCCUCUGGGCCUCCUGGUGGAAUGUAUGGAGGAGGCCCAGCACCAGGAGGACCUUAUGGGCAACCCUCUACCAAUCCAUAUGGUGCUCCUCAGCCUGGCCCCUAUGGGGCAGUAGGUCCUGGAGGUGAGUGCUAAAAGAGCUUAGGGCUGUUCUGAUGACUAUGUGCUUUCAGGUGGAUUAGUAGUGUUCAUGACACACAAAUUCAUUGAAUGUUCCAUAUUUUUAAUCUAUAGCCUUUAAAUCUGGGUGGGUAUUGUUUUUGUUUGUUUCUAUUUUAGGUGUUUUUGUGUUUUUAUAUUGUAAACUGCCCUGUGAUCUUUGGAUGAAAGGUGGUAUCAAAAUUUAAUCAGUAAUCAUCAUCAUGGGGAGGAGGUCUCAUGGAUUGCCAUAUGGGGCGUGCUUUCUGAAUUCAAAUGACAUGGUACUCCAUGUCUUGUCUGAAUGAUGCCACCCGCUUUUCUGGGGCUGCUGGUAUGUAUUGCCCUGUUUUCUUGCUAAUGAAAUUUCAUACCAAAUUCUUUCUUUGAAAAAGUAUUCUUGGCAAGACCUCAAAGCCAAACCUUCUGUGGGGUGGUGCUUUUCUUCCCUUCCCAUUAUAGGGUUGACAGACAGUCACGCACAUCUCCAAAAUUACCUGCAGUUUCUUCCACCCAUGUGCCGUCCAUGCCGUAUCGCAUCUGGGCUUCAGAUUCUUGAUACGAAGUUUCAGUUUGGGAUCUAAAAACUUGGAAUUUGUCACUUUAAAUAUCAACACUAGGAGACACGAAAUGGCAAACCAUACCUGAAAAUACAUUAGUUUAUGCUGCUAUGAUGUAGUGGUUAGAGUGUCAGGUUAGGGCCUGGGAAACCAGGGUUCAAAUCCUCACUCAGUGAUGAAGCUUAUUGGGCCACCUUGGGCCAGUCACUGCCUCUCAGCCUAAUCUACCUCGCAGGUGAAAUGAGGAGAGGCAGAAACAUGGACGCUGGCUUGAACUCCUCAGAGAAAAUGAUGGAAUAUAAAUUAAAUAAAUAAAGGUACAUGUCUUUAAUUGCAAUGGGGGGCUUUCUCUCAUACGAACACUGAUCAAACCCCAGCCGGGGAAACCUUUGUAAAUUUGAAAAGAAUGUAAACUUCUCUCUCUCACACACACAUUUUGGUUAUUAAUUAGCACACCACAAAUACCAUUUUGCAAGGCUGAGUGAAGCUUGUGUUUUGCAGAUGUCACAUUUCUGCCUCCCCUUUCCCAAAUCUCCCAAGAUUCACUUUCUUCUACUUACAAAGCGUUUCAAGCACCCAAGCGUCUAUCUUUGGCAUCUAUCAUAUAAAGGGCCUCUUGGUGUGCAGCUGGAGCCCUUGACUCGAGUAUUGCACCGCAGCGUUGGAGAAGCAGUCGCUAAUUGAAUUAUUCAUCUCCAUUUAGAUAGGCAGUUGAGAAAGACUGCAUUAUUUAAGGUUCCAAGGUGGGAGCCAAAAGGCACUGAAGCUGCCACCCUGAGUGGCGGAAAUAAAAGUUUAUGGCUGUGCAUCUGUCUCCUGGAACUCGGUAGCAUUUACAUCCUGCUGAAACAACACACCUUCCGCAUGUUUGCACUCAACUUUACAAACUAUCUAAAGAGAUCCCAUUUAUUUCCCUUCUGUUUUUACAAGGCUUUGCAUCCCAGCUCCUGCUGGGGGGGUUGAGCCGUCUUCCGCAGGAUUAAUAACUUGGCUAUUAAAAAAAACCUUUUAGAAAACAAUGGCUGACUCAGCGGGCAUGAGAGAGGGCCUGUCCAAUCCCUGUUGCUCUAGCUGCCAAAAAACUGCUGAGCUAAAAGCUUACUGCCAGUGGCAAUGGGCGCUUGCCAUGCCUUGAUGAAUGGCCAUGCGGUUCUCCUAAUUUGUGUUCUGCCCUUUCCCCAGCAGGGAACAUCCCCCCAGGUGUGGACCCAGAAGCCUUCUCUUGGUUCCAGAGUGUGGAUGCUGACCAAAGCGGCUACAUCUCAGUCAAAGAACUCAGGCAAGCCCUUGUCAACUCCAACUGGUCCGCCUUCAAUGAGGAAACUUGCUCAAUGAUGAUGAGUGAGUCCAGAUGUUGAUGAUUCAAAUCAAAUGUGCUUGGAGUGGGAGGGGUCUGGAAUAUUAAUAAUCUCUCAUAAUACUCUGUACUUUGGUAUGGUGACUAAGACACGUGGAAAUAGACAAUUGUGGAAGACGCAAUACAAGAUUUUCUUUAAAAAUACUUGUAUCAGGGGCUGGGGACUUUUCUGCUGACAGUUUCCCUUUGAAGUUGAAAGUAUAGAUGUGCCCUGCUUCAACAUAUGUGUGAAUUUAUGCUAGAAUGCAAACGUCAGUUUAAAAACUGUUCUUGUUAUCUGGGGGGACUCAGAACUUCAUAGCAGAUGCUUACUUUCCUGAUCCUGCUUCAGGUUCUAAUUCUCAAAAUAGAAGAAUAUGGAACUAUCAAAAGGAACAGGAUGCACUAGGCUGGCAAAGGCAUUGCUAAUCACUAGCAGACCUACAUGAUCAGAAGCCAGAGUGGAUCAAAUGUGAACCAGUUCAAAUACCAUUUUGGUAAUGAAGGUGCAGGGUAUAAAAUCCUCAGCACCACCCUCAACCAAAAUUGCAAAGUGGAAUCAUUUUGUUGUUGUUGUAAGGACUGCCACAUAAUGUGUGCCAGGCGUUGCCAUUUUAGCACCCACUGGCAUGCAUGUACCUGACACUCACAGGUUUCCCUUCCCUGCUCCUCCCCUCUGCUGAAAUUAGGCUCAAAAGAAGCAUUCUGUUGUGACCAAUGGAACAGGUUGUGGUGUGUGUGCUUCAUUGCGCAGGGAAACUGCCCACAACAUUUUCUCUGAUUUGCAACUCUGCUCACAGGCCCCAAAAGGCUGACAAACCCUGAUUAUGCAGAGUGCAUUGAACACUUGAAAUGAGCUGUAUAAAUGCCAAGGCUGUUUGAUGUUCUUCAGUUGUGCUUGAAGUUCAUGGACUCCCAUGCUUGCCUUCCUCAGAAACGUGAGAUGGACGUUUCAUCUCCCUCAUCAUCAUUAUCCCUCAUUAUUAUUAUUUCAAUUUUUGUCCUGCUGUUCCUCCCAAAGGAGCUUAGGACAACCAUACAGCAUUCGCAAUAAGACAUAAUUAAGACCCAACAAAGACUAAAACAAUUAAGGAAUAUUUUCUUUAAUUUCACAAUUCCAUCUGCUACAUGUAUGACCCAUCAAAUACUAACCCCCUGGGUGAACAAAAGUGCCUAUAGAUUUCAUCAACAUGUUGGCAAUGUGGGGAACAGCUGCUCUUCACCAAGAAGGGAGUUCCAUAAUCAAGGUGCUGCCACAGAGGAGGCCCUGCUGCAGGCUGCCACCAUUACCCCCAGGCCACACUUGCCAGCAGGGCCACCUGUCAGGUUUCCCUUGCUAGCCUUAAGGCUCAAACUGGUUAGCAUUGGAGGAGGCAGGUAUUUUAAAGUCCUUAGUCCCUUAGCUAUUUAGGGCUUUGUAUGCCAGUACCAGCACUGCAUCUGGUGGCUCACAGGCAGCCAGUAGAAAGCUUUUAGGACUAGUGAUUCAUGGUCCCAUCUUGCUGUCCCUCUCAACAAUCUGGCAGCUGCAUUUUGCAUCAGCUGCAGUUCCUGGACUAUCUUCAAGGGUAGAUCAACAUAGACGACAUUGCAGUAAUUAAAAUGGGAGUAAUUCACAUAAUAAAUGUUAGAGAGUGUGUGCUUUUUUCCAGACCAUCCUGCUGAAACAGUAAUUGAGUUUAAAAUCUUCUGUAGUCUUCAAAAGAUCCUCCAACCUUGUUUGUGGAAAGCAUUAGUGUCCUAGUGGCAGCACAGCCCUAAGAACAACCCCAUGCUUGUCCUUGCUGCUGGCAUGUGGCAUGCAGAAGGUAUUGUGAAGAAUUUCAUGUUACACUGGAGACAGACAAUAGUUCUUAGAGGGCUGAAAGCAAUGUGAUAGAUACUCUGCUUUACACACAUUGUUUGGUCUCAAGCUUUCCUCUGGUCAAACAGAUUUUGCUGGGUUUUGAAACACUGCACAAACCUGGUGGAGCAGAGGCAAAAGUAGGAUUAGAUGCCUCUCUUGUGUCGCCUUCAGUUCUUGGGGCUGUGUUGCAAGGCGGGUAUUCUGUCUCUUGUUUUGAGUCAGCAAGUAUAUGGGACCACUGCUCAGUGCUCCACUCUUUUUUUUUACUGCCUCUGCAGACAUGUUUGAUAAAACCAAAUCUGGGCGAAUCGAUCUCUAUGGGUUCUCGGCCCUGUGGCGUUUCAUCCAGCAGUGGCGGAAUCUCUUCCAGCAGUACGACCGCGACCAGUCAGGAAGCAUUAAUUGUAAUGAGCUUCACCAAGGUAAGACAGAACGAGGCAACAGUCCUUAAAGCCUCAAGAGGCGGUUCAUGAUCUCUAAUGCUGCUGGAGAGUGGCUGUUUUUAGGCAGAGGUCUGUUCAGAUUGUUGCUUUCGGGCUCAGAGGCCAUUCCAAAACAAUUGUGAAGAACAGACUGAGGUUUCCGCCAUGGUUAGUGAGAGUUCCCCCAGUCAGGUCAUCUCUUGUGUCCCUCUGCUUCUAGGCUGAACCAUCCAGCCUUCUGUUGAACUGCUGACACAAUCCAGAUCCCCAAUAACUGUGAUGAGAUUGAAUCAAUGCAUUAUGACCGGAACAAGCUAAAGCAGCCUUUGCCAACCUGGUGCCUUCCAGAUGUUUUGGACUACAACUCCCAUCAGCUGACAAUGGCCGAGCCUAAAACCUAAUAAACUGACAAAUGUGAAGUUUUUGCAUCAGGCAAUUAUGCCUCUUGCUGUGUCUGGAGAGCAGAUGAGCUGAUUUCUUCAGGAAGCUUUGACAGCAGUACAAUGACUCAUUGGACUUAUGUGGUUCCUUGAGAGUGGAGCCAUAGCUCAGUGGGAGGCUGCAUACGCCUCAUGUGAGAGGUUCCCAGUUCAGCCCCUGACAUCUUUCAAGUAGGGUUGAACAAGUCCCCAUCUGAAGCCCUGGAGAGCUGGCAUCAGUCAUUGCAGACAACACUGAGCUUGAUGGAUUCUGAGUAAUGCAGCUUUUUCUAGCAGUCUCCGUAGGUUCAUGAGAACCGAAAUCCAAGUCCCUAGUUAAGUUAUCUGGAGUGCCUUGGGGCUAGGCUUGGAAAUGGAGAAAGAACUGGUCUAAGAAGAAGCUGAGCAGACACAGAGUUAGCAGUGGUUAGAUGAUGUGCCAAAAGAGGAGUGCGAAAAAAAUGCAUCAUCAGGGACCGCUGAAAAACGUAGCCAUGUAGAAAUACUGGCAUAGUUCUUGGGUGCUUGAACGCUCAGUUCUGAGUGACUCAAGAAAGGCCAUCUUGUCUCAGUGUUAUGUUAGUAUUUGGGUGAGAAGAAAAAAGUUUAGCACUUGGGCAGUUAAUGGUGAUAAUAAUAACUAUUAUUAUUGUUAUAGCAUUUUACCCUCCUCUUCAGCAGGAAAGAUUCCCAGAGUAGCUUACAAAGAUCACUCAUAAGACAACAUUCAUAAUAAGACUAAUAACAGCUGCAAAUCAUUUGUGACUUCCACCCAUGGCUGUGUGAAGCGUGGAUUCUCAUUUAUUCUCUCUCCCUGCCCUCUGUUCUCCUAGCACUCUCCCAAAUGGGCUACAGCCUGAGCCCCCAGUUUUCCCAGCUGCUGCUUUCCCGUUACUCACCGAAGGCUGCCAAUCCUGGUAUCCAGCUGGACCGCUUCAUCCAAAUCUGCACCUUGCUCCAGUCCCUGACCGAAGCCUUCCGGGAAAAGGAUACUGGGAUGACGGGCAACGUACGACUCAACUACGAAGACUUCCUUACGAUCUCGACUGCUCGCGUGUUGUGAGAGCCAGGGGUAUUGAUUUUGUUGGUGAUCCCACUGGUGGCUGGUGGCAUUUCCUUCCACAGAAGGAAGGACCACUUUGUCCGGAGGACAUUGUGUUGCAAAGGAAAAUGAAAUUGCCCUUCUCCAUCACACCAGUGUAACGCCAGAUGCUUAAGCUAGGUGGAUUCUUGGAAAGGGUUUGGUUUGAUUGCAUUGAAACAGCUGCCUCUUAUAGCCACUAGAGGGUGAGCCACAAACACCAAGUCAGACUGUCUGUGCCAGGCAGCUCUGCAGCAGCCCCCACUACCCUCUGCCUGAGUUCUCUCCUCUUCCCCCACUCAACCAUCCCGCCAAGAAGUUAGAGGAGUUGGUUGCCAAGAAGUCUGAAUAGAGCUUCUUGGUCCUAAAUUGCCCUUCUGUAGUUUGCAUGUGCAACCUGUAAUCACCAAAGCAGAAAACAACACCUAGGGAAGAAAAUUGGGUUCCAUGCUUUUGUGUCGACAGCAGCCAAAAUUCCUGCAUUCCAUGACAUCCAUGCCAAGUGCAGCUCCCUUCUUUGCCACUAGAUGGGGAGACCAUCAGCCAAGAUUCCAGACUUCUUCUUUUUUCUGGGGAGGGUCUUUUCCCCUGAAGGCUUGACCUUCUGGUUAAUGUGUCCUGGCAGAUUUCUUUUUGCAUUGCUAAAGUGCAAAGUCCCUUGCCAACUGCUCACUUGGCACUUCUCAGUUAUUUUCUCAGUUGCCAACACGUUGCUUGUGAUUUUUGUAAAGGCCAAAAUCAUAGAUAAAGAUGUGUCAGAAAGAGAUUUAUACCCAGGUAAAACUCUGUACAAUAAAGGACCCUAAACACUCUCUUC